AAGGGCCUCCCUGAGGCUCCUGCAGGCAGCUUAAAAGCAGCUAGAGGAAUGAGUUAGGUCCUGAUUGUGAGAGUUUUCUGCCCCCCCCCUUUUCCUUCCCUCUCUUUUUUAAAGACAGACACUGCUGUUGAGUAAAAUGCCACCUCCACAGAAAAUCCCCAGCCUCAGACCUUUCAAGCAGAGGAAAAGUUUAGGUAAAGUUCUCAGCAUAGCUUCUGGUUUACUUGAGAAAGAGAGGGAGGAUGGAGCCUUCUCACUGUGGACUUAUUCUUUUGCAUUUGAAAUAUUCACAGCAACCAGGCAAGAGGAAGUUGCUGGAAUCCGGGCAAAGUUCCCAAACAAGAUCCCGGUGAUAGUGGAGCGCUACCCCAGAGAGAGGUUCCUGCCUCUGCUAGACAAGACCAAGUUCCUGGUCCCACAGGAGCUGACCAUGACCCAGUUCCUCAGUAUCAUCCGGAGCCGCAUGGUCCUAAGAGCUACCGAAGCCUUUUACUUGCUGGUGAACAACAAAAGCCUCAUCAGCAUGAGUGUGACCAUGGCAGAAAUCUACAGGGACUACAAAGAUGAGGACGGCUUCUUGUAUAUGACCUACGCCUCCCAGGAGAUGUUUGGCAGCCCGGGGUCGGCAACCCCUCAGUGAUGGAAGGAGCUUCGGAGGAAGACUCUUCGAUUCUCUGGAGCCCAUGUCAAGAAAAAUUUGUUCUCAGACUGAUGCAUCAGACACUGGCAGAAGGACUGGUAUUCUCUGUGUGUACAGUGGAGGCGUCUGGGAAGCAGGGAUGCAGGGCAAUCAGCUCCGGGGUGACAGCAAAAUUGUGACCUACCCUGGCUUACUUUUUUUUGUGCUCUACAUCCUCAUGUUUUCUCUCUAAGGAAAAUGAGGACUGCUCUUGAAAGUUUUAUAAAUAGUGGCUCUCCUGAGCAGGAUACGGUUAGCUCGUGUAAAAUGGUUCUGUGCCAGGAGCUGGAGAUGUAUACUGAGCACUUUCUGUGCUGAAGGCAGGCAGGCUGGUCCUGGAGGAGCCGAUUUCACCCCUGCCUGUGGGCCAGAGUUCUGCACAUGGCUCAGUCGUGGACAGCCUCUGGCCUGUAGGCUGGUCUCUGUGGAGCCAGGUGAAGCCAGUGUAAACCUCAGGAAGUUCUGGGGGUGCCCUCACCUAUGUCAUUAGAGAGAUUAUUCAGUUUCCUCAGCUCCUACUCUACCUGGUUAUUUCCUCUUCUGUUUUUUGUCUGUCUUGCAUCAUACAUAUUUAUGCCACUGUUGUAGCAUUUCAAUAUAAAGUCAUUU